AUUCACAGUAAUGAUAGAUGAGUCAAAUGACAAAGGUGACAACAAGAAACUCAACAUCCUUGUACGUGUAUACAACCAGACUUUACGUAUAGUGUCCACUCAGUUCUUUGGCAUCCCAACCUGCAACAUUGGAACCAGCUCAUCAAUAUUCAACUGCCUGAAUCAGGUAUUCAUUGAUAGAGACAUUCCUUGGGCCAACUGCAUUGGAUUCUCAUCUGACAACUGCAAUGUGAUGAUAGGCAAGAACAACAGUGUCCUGACUCGUAUUCAGCAGAUGUCACCAAGUGUGUUCAACGUAGGGUGUGUUUGUCACUUAGCCAACCUCUGUGCACAGAAGGCCAUCAAGACCCUGCCAUUGCCAGUUGAUGACUUCUUAGUGGACAUCUACUACCAUUUCCAUCAUAGUUCGACCAGACGAGAGAAUUACAAGCAGUUCCAAGAGUUCACAGAGACUGACCCAAUGAAGAUCAUCAAGCACUGCAGUACCAGGUGGUUGUCUUUAGAGAGGUGCGUUCAGCGUACCCUACAGCAGUGGCCAGCUUUGAAGAGUUACUUUCAGAGCCAUGCAGAAUGUGAGAAGCCAGGUCUUAUCAACAGAUGAAUGCAGCACUUCACCAGUGACCAGAUGUGGCUGUACUUUGCCUUCCUAGAGUUUGUCAUGCCUAUCCUGAAUGACCUCAACGUGAUGUUUCAGGCUGGUGAGUCCAUGAUUGGUUACUUACACACAGAAAUGGUGAGACUCCUUCGCAAGAUGAUGGGUAAAUUUGUCACUACUAGGACCAUUACAGCACAUUCAGACAUCACAAAGGUAGACUUCAGGUGUAAAGACAACCAACACGACAACACCAGAAUUGCAGUUGGUAUGAAAGUUAGAGAGUUCCUAAGUGACAAUGAGGACCUAGCACCACAGACAGUCAGCAACUUUUUCAGUACAGUCAGGGAGUUCUAUUGCACCAUGACUGAAACCAUGAUAAAGAAGUUCCCAUUCCAAAACAAGGUCCUCAGAGGCAUCAGUUUUCUGAAUCCACUCAGCAAAGACAAGUUAUCUCCAGAUGAAGUUGUCAGCUUGUCUGAUAGGUUCCUCACCUAUACCCAGCAAGAGACCAGUCAACUUGAAGAUUAAGCUGCUGAGUAUAUUCUUACUCCUCUGUCUGACUUACCAGCAUUUGACCAAGACGAGCCUUCACUCAACCAGUUCUGGACCUCUAUUGGCAACCUGAAGCUACCAAGUGGUAAGCAACAGUUUCAUCACCUGUUUGCACUCAGCAAAGUUGUUCUAGCCCUGCCACACUCCAAUGCUGACACAGAAAGAACUUUUUCCAUGCUUAAGAAGAUCCAGUCUGACCCAAGAGACAACCUAGCUGAUAAGACCAUCCACAGUCUACUUAGUGUAAAGAUAAACAACCCAACAGACUGUCAUCAGUAUAAACCAGAACCAGAACUUGUUAAAGCAGCAAAGUCAGCUUGUGCCUUAUACAAACAGUCUCUUUCUUAAAUUGUGUUUGAACAAUGAUUAGUGCUCUUGUAAAUGUAAAA